ACUCAUAUAUACACACAUACACACACCACUCUGCAUCUGCUCAAAACCAAGUCUUUUGACAGAAUCUGUGGUGGUUCAGGCAGAACCUUGGAAGGAUCCCAUGCUCCCAUGAUCCCAUGAGCCGGUGUAAAACCCAUGCCUGAUCAAAAGAUCAGAUGAUCCUCUGUGGUGACUCCAAACAUUAGCCUUGUAGCUCCUCUGGUUUUCAUUGUGAAUUUCUUUUUUCAGGAGAAACCCCAAUGAAGCAAGAUAACUCCUAUAGCUGUGUGAUAGAUGAGGUUGAUUUGGCUAACAUGGCUAAUGUCAACGUGUUUGAAUGGGUGGUCCAAGGCGAUUUUUCUGCUCUGGAUUACCUGAGCAGGAAGAGUCCGACUCACCUAAGUUCUAGGGAUGAAAAUGGAGCACGACCGAUCCACUACGCUGCUGCUAGUGGACACGUGGACAUUAUUCGGCUUAUUGUAUCCAUGACAGGACCUGAGGAGCUGGAUGCUCAGGAUGCAGAAGGCCAAACUCCUCUACAUUUUGCUGUGCUGAAAAACCAGGAGUCAAGCUGUUCAGUGUUGCUAGACAUGGGCGCCAAUCCAAACACCCUAAACACAGCCAUGAUGGCACCGAUUCACUUGGCAAUCAGCAAAGAAUACAACAACCUAGUACAGGUUCUCCUGUCCUGCAGUCGGACCGACGUGAAUCUGGAAGGAGAUUUGGGAAACACGCCUGUGAUGCUUGCAUGCUCCUACAAUAACUGUGAAGCUCUUCAUACACUUUUUAAAUAUGGAGCAAAGCUGUGUCAUCAGAACAAGCUGGGGCAUUUCGCGAUACACACAGUGGCUUUUUCUGGAGCUAAAGAAGCAAUGGAGGUGAUCCUGCAAAAAGGAGAGGACCUGGGUAUUUCCACCCUCACACACAUUAAUUAUUUGGAUAAAUCUAAGAGCAGCCCGCUUCAUCUAGCUGUACGAGGUGGAAAUACAGAAGUGAUCAAACUUUGCAUCUCUAAAGGUGCAAAAGUGGACCAGCAACAAUGCGACAAGUCCACAGCGCUGCACUUCGCCUGCACACAGGGAGCGAUGGAAGCUGUUAAAGCGAUGCUUCUUCCUUAUGACAAAAGAAUUGAUGAAAUCAUUAACAUUAGAGAUGCAGCCAAUCAGGCGCCGUUACACAGAGCCACGUUAUUCGAUCAUGUGGAACUGGCUAAAUAUCUCGUCUCCAAGGGAGCGGACAUCAAUUGCGUCGACUGUAAGGGUUUUACCCCUUUACUCCUGGCUACAACAAGCAGCGCAUGGAAAACUGUUUCAUUCUUACUUUCUAAAGAUGCAGAUUUUAGAAUUAAAGACAAAACUGGGCGGAACUUCCUCCAUCUUGCCAUCUUCCAACCGAAAGGACUGAAAAAUCUUCCUGAACAUAUCCUACAGAAUAAAGAAGUGUGGGAGCUGAUGAGCGAUGAGGACUUUGAAGGCUGCACUCCUCUACACUACGCCUGCAAACUCGGCAUCCACGACUCUGUUAAAAACAUGCUGGGGUUUGAAAUCUCCUUGGGACGCAAGUCGAAGGAGAAAAAAUCUGCGCUUCAUUUUGCUGCAGAAUACGGACGAAUAAACACGUGUCUCAGGCUUUUGGAGACGAUCAGAGACUCGCGUUUGCUAAACGAAGGAGAUGAGAAUGGACUGACGCCGCUCCACCUGGCCUCUAGAGGGGGCCACAUUAAGGUGGUGGAUCUUCUGCUCAGGAGGGGAGCACUGUUCCAGAGCGAUUAUAAAGGCUGGUCGUGUUUACAUCACGCUGCAGCUGAAGGAUACACGCAAACCAUGAACGUCCUUCUGGCAGCCAACGUCAAACUGCUGGAUAACACGGAUGAAGACGGGAACACAGCUCUGCACCUCGCCGCACGUGAAGGUCACGUCGCAGCUGUAAAGCUCUUGCUGAACCUAGGAGCUGAAAUCCUGCUCAAUAAUAAUCACGCCUCAUUCUUCCAUGAAGCUGUGCGCAGUGGGAAGAAAGAUGUCACUAACGCCGCUAUUGACAAUGAGAGGUUACCAGAAAUAAUACCUAAGUUUAAAAUGGGCUACACUAACUGCCCUGUGCUGGAUUUAAUCGAGAUUCUACCUGAAUCUACAAAGCAUCUUCUGGAUCUGUGUAUGACUGAAUCUGAGCAUGACCCAAACAGCACUGACUAUCAUAUCACAUACAAUUUCCGGUGGCUUCAGGCUCCACUGAAUAUACAGAAAACACAAACGGACAAAGCUGUAUAUGUUCAGCCUCUAGCAGCUCUUAAUGCGAUGGUGCAGUACAACCGGCUUGAGCUGCUCACACACCCUGUGUGUCAGAAAUAUUUAGAGAUGAAAUGGAAAGCGUACGGAAGUAAAGCUCAUUUACUCAACCUUGCCGUGUAUCUCUUAGGCCUUUUACCCCUCACAUAUCUUGUCAUGAACUUGAAACCUACACAAAUUAGCACAACAAAUGGCACAACCUUCAUCAUGGAGAACAUGUCCUUCCACAAUCAAAGCUAUAUAAUUUCAGUGUCCAUGCUGAUGGUCCUCGUCAUGAACAUUUAUGCCAUUUGCAAAGAGGUGAUACAAAUGGCACAACAGCGAAUGAGUUACUUUUUGGACAGCUCAAACAUAUCGGAUUGGGCGACAGCCAUUUCCUCUAUUGCCUUUGUUACUCCAAUGUUCUUCAAUGUGGAAGGGACUCUGCCGUGGCAGGCUGGAGCUUUGGCGAUUUUAUUUGCUUGGAUCAACUUCCUUCUAUACUUCCAGAGGUUUGAGCGCUUUGGUAUUUAUGUUAUAAUGUUUGGAGAAAUCACAAAGACACUUGUGAGUGUCCUCGUCCUUUUCAUCUUCCUGUUGCUGGCCUUUGGAUUGUCCUUCCAUGCACUGAUGCUUCAUCAGGGCGAGUUCAACUCGAUUGGCUUAUCGUUGGCUCAGACGUUUGUAAUGACAGUUGGAGAGUUGAAUUAUGAGACUUCAUUUCAGGAAGCAUACCUUCAGGGACUUCUGCCUUUUCCUGCAGUCACCUACUACGUUUUUGUGUUCUUCAUUCUCCUCAUGCCAAUUCUUUUCAUGAACUUGAUGAUUGGUUUGGCUGUUGGGGACAUCGCUGAGGUUCAAAGGAAUGCAGCACUGAAGAGGAUCGCAAUGCAGAUUGAACUUCAUACCAAUCUGGAAGAGAAACUGCCAUAUUGGUUUAUGAACAGAGUGGACAAAGGUAGUGUCACUAUCUACCCAAACAGGAAGUGUGCCAAGUUUCAGGGAAUGUUGGAGCAAUUCAUUGGGAUGAAUAGUCCAGAAGGUGAACUGCGCACUCGCUUAGACACUCAGGUGGCAUACUCAAAUCCAUUAGAGAUAGAACUGAUGAAGCAGAAAGCCAGACUGAAGCAGAUUUCCUCAUCGCUGGAGAAACAAGACAUGUUGUUGAAACUCAUCGUACAGAAAAUGGAGAUCACGACAGAGGCAGAUGACAACGAUGGACCAGACGAUUUCCGCUCCAUCACCACAGCGAAAUUACAUACAUCUCGCUGGGUUCCUUUGAUGCAAGCUCUUGGGGUCAGGAAGUCACAGUCGACAUGCUGAUGGCGGUGAAGAGCUCCUUGAAAUGUCAGAUGUGUCUAACACUAAAUGUCUACUGGUAGAAAUUUACAGUAAGGACUUUAGAUUAAAAAGGCAGUAAUUAACUAUAAAAUAUUCUUUUCAUACGUUGUAGGAUUUAGGAUCAGGAAAUCUAUUUAGAAUUGAAUAUUAAAUCAUUGAGCAGUCUCUAAAAUGACAUUUCAGAAAGAAAUAUUUAGUAGUCUUUUGGCUUUUCACUUAAAUCUGAACAAAAAAGGAUGUAUUUUUAAGUAGAAACGAAGAUAAGUUGAAUGAUAGAAAUUGAUAGAGAAAACAUUAAUUAACAACAUUAACACUUAGUUCAUAUCAAAAUUUUAUUUGUCACAUACACAAUCAUACACAGUGAUGUGUAGCGAAAUGCUUUUCAUGACUGUCCUUGAUCUAAAAAUAUAAAAGUAACAAAUUACACUAAACAGAGCAUAAAAAAUAAAAUAAAGGAAUACAAAAUAAAGCACAGGUUAGGUACAAAUUAAGAAGAAAUACAUACAUAAAAAAUAGAGGCAGUAAAUGAAUAUGGUACAAGUUCAAGUUCAACUUUAUUUGUAUAGCACAUUUACAAACAGCCACAUGGCUGACCAAAGUGCUUCACAGUGCGUUUGACAUACACACACAUACACUUAAUAAUACACACAUGCACAAAGUAGUUCAAGAAACUAAAAUAAGAAUUCUUAAAACAAAUAUAUGUAUAUAUGUAAAAAAAAAAAUAUAUAUAUAUAUAUAUAUAUAUAUAUAUAUAUAUAUAUAUCAAUAAAUAAUAAAUAAAAUAACCAGUGUAAAAGAAGGUGAGAUAAAUAAAACCAUAAACCAGAUAUAAACAGACAUAAACCCCUGGGCAAAUCAUGAAAAGGAUAGAGAAAAUAAGUGAGUCUUUAGCAUGGACUUAAAACUAGAUAUGGUGGGUGCCGUCCUAAUCUCUAGUGGCAGGGAGUUCCAUAGUCUAGGACCGGCCACAGAAAAAGCACGCUCUCCUCUACACGAGGAACCACCAACAUGGCCUGGUACAGUGAUGCAUGUGAAUAUAAGCAUAAUAUCAUAUAUAAUAUAUUGUUAAAGUGCAAAAGUGAGGAAGUGGGGGUUGUGGCAGUCCUGAAAAGUCCAGAAAGGGUCCAAGCUCAAAGUGUUCUCCUGGUUGAGGGCCAGAUUGUCUGUCGGAAGAAUCUCAGAAGAAGGAAGAAGGUGCGAAAAGGGUCCAUUGUUGGAAUGGGGUUAGUAGAUGAGGAUGUGGUAGACUAGUGGUUAAGGUGCUGGGCUAUUGAUCAGAAGGUUGUGAGGUUGAAUACCAGGUCCACCCUGCUGCUGCUGGACCCAUGAGCAAGGCUUGGGUACUCUGAAUAAAGCCUGCUGUAAAUGUAAAUUACAGCACUUAUGAAUCUACAGUAAGAAAUAGUUUGCCUCAUUAUGUGCCAAUUCACAUAGGGUUAUUGCAACAGGUGUCCGAUUUGACAAUUGGAACAUAACAUGGUCACACUUUCAACAUAAAUUUUUAUACUUUUUAAGAAUCAAUAAAUAUACUAGUUUAACCGCAACCUGUAUUUUCAAGCACGUGUCUAACAGGACAUUCAGCCAAAAUGAUCUACAGAUUUUUACACAGUACUGUACUCAUUUUAUUACUUUUUUCACCUAUACAAUUAGAUGUUUCUAAAGAUAUUUGGUUCAUAAAUCAUUUGGUUCUAGAUAUACAGUAUACACCAAAAGUAUAUUACAUAACAAAAAAUUGUCUGAAUAAUGAUUUCUUUUCAGUGUAAACAUCUUUAGUCAGCUUUAGUUAUGAUAUAAUGAUCCUACUGUAUGCAAAUACACUAUAUAGCUUGCUUGCAUUUAUGGAAUGCUUUAUGGUGAUACUCAGGAACAGGAAGUCUGAACUUGUUCAAAAACAGUGACACAUGAAAUCUAGAGAAAGGAAUGAUAAAUUAUAACCAUCAAUUACACUAUUAGAACAUAGCAUUUAAUAGUGACUGAGUACUUCUUUAACUGAUCAUUUUAAUAUUUAUAGAUCUGGUCUAUAUCUGUUUUUUUUUUCUUUCUGUAUCAUAUUUAAACCGUGUAUCAUAAGGUUGCAUAAGUUGUUUGAAUAAAUAUGACACGGCACUUUUGUCUUAUGUACUUUUAAUUAGAAUCUAUAUAUAAUUACUCUAUGAUGCAGAUUUCAUUUUCGGACUGUAUAACGGGUGUUAUCGAUAGCCAGUAAUAAUUCUCACCAGCUCACUUGUUACUAAUAAUAACAAGAAUAACAAGCAACAGAUUGGAUUCUACUGUUUUCCAUUCAUACAUACAUCAAUUUUCUGUUGCACU